GAAGAAUAAGCGGAGGAAGAAGAGGAAGAGGAGAAUAAACGGUCCCAGCGGUCUGACGCAAUUUGUAUCUAUGAACGCAUCGCCCUGUAAACUAAUGGUUAACUGUUACGGACUUUGGAUGCCGCUGUCUCUAAUAGGACCACGCCACCUAACAAAGUCGGUAUUUUAAAUGCCGUAAGCAGGACUUAAGAGAGGUAUUCUGCACCGGUCUUCCUGUUCAGAGCGGUUUUUGUUUUGUUUUUUUUUUAAAGGAAAUGACCCGACCAUAGUUAGCUUUCCCGGUGAUGAAUUACAACUGAAAACAAACGGUUUUGUGUAACGAAAAAUACGUAUUUAUAGACAUGGCAAGCGUUGCUGUAAAUAAGUUUGUAGAGAUUUGUAAUUAUCUCCAAGACCCCAUCCAUGUCGCCAGGUUUCAAAAUUUCUGCGGCGUUAAAGGGACAUUUCCGGAGAAGCGGACCCAACCGGACAGCGGGCAGCCGGACCCGGACUGUCCGGGACUCAGGCAGAGGGUCCAGCAGAGCUCGGAUGAAGAUGUGGGGAACGGGGAUGCCGCCUUAGCUCAGGUUAACGGGAAGCAGGAGGAGGACGCGGCCAGGCCCGAUGGUCCAACAGCGGCAGAGACUGUCAGAGCGAAGCCCCUCCGGAGGAACUCAUUGACCGGGGAUGUGGGUCAGGAGUUCCUGAUCCACAACAAGUUCCUCUUCUACCUGUUCACCUUCGGGACCGAGCUUGGCAACGAGAUGUUCUUCAUCGUCUUCUUUCCCUUCCUCUUCUGGAACAUCGACGCACUGGUCAGCAGGAGGCUCAUCGUAGUCUGGGCCUGGAACCUGUUCGUGGGACAGUCUACCAAGGACAUGAUCCGCUGGUCCCGACCGGCCUCCCCUCCCGUGGUCAAAGUGGAGGUCUUCUACAACUCAGAGUACAGCAUGCCAUCCACGCACGCCAUGACGGGGACAGCCAUACCUUUCUGUCUUUUCAUGCUGACCUAUGGACGGUGGGAGUACACCUUCCUGUUUGGAUUCUCUGUGGCUCUCAGCUGGAGCCUCCUGGUCUGUGUUAGCCGAGUCUACAUGGGCAUGCACUCUGUUCUGGAAGUGAUCACUGGCUUCCUGUACAGCCUUCUGGUUCUCGCCUUCUUCCAGCCGACCUUGGAGAAGAUCGACAACUACUACAUGACUGACCACUACGCUCCUCUCGUCAUCAUCUUGUCACAUGUGAGCCUGGGACUCGUAGCUUUCUCUUUGGAUUCGUGGAGCACCUCUCGUGGCGACACCGCUCAGGCUCUCGGCACCGGGGCCGGCGCCGCCCUGGCUUCACAUGUGAACUACCAGCUGGGUCUGCUGCAGGAUCCUCCCCUGUCCUCACUGCCGCUAACUCUGCCGCCGAUCACCACGGGUCUGGUGUUACGCUCCGUGCUGCGCUUCGUCAUCGGCGUUGCCGUCCUCCUCACCACCAGAAUGGCCAUGAAAGCAGUGACUAUCCCGUUCUUGUGCCGACUUUUCGGGCUGCCGUCGGACGACGUGAGGCAGGCGAGGCAGCAGAUGAAAGUAGAGCUGCCGUACCGUUACAUCGUCUACAGUGUUGUAGGUUUUAUUUGCGUCUGCUUUGUGCCUGUUCUCUUCUGGAUCUUAAACCUUGCCUAGGUUUUCUGUGCAAACUGUUUGGACAUUUUGACGGAUGAUACCAUUUGGGAACAUGCUGCUCGUUCAGGCAGAAUGCAAGUUGUUUCCGGAGCAACCGAAGCAUAGUUAAAGGAUGAAACUGAUAUUUGGGUAAAUAAAUCCAACCAGAAAACCACAAAAGGAUGUAAUUAUAUCAAGUGUUGUCUCAGCCAAAGAAAAUCUAAAAAAAAAAAAACACAGUAAACCC